AUGGAGCAAUCCUCAUCAGCUGGUCCUGUACAAGUAGUGAGUAUAACAGAAGAUCAUAAAUUUGUACUGGAUGAAAAAAAAUUAAAACAAAUAUUAUAUCAUAAACGAGCAAUUGGAAAAAAAAUCUCACUUGUUUCAAUUGCAGGUGAUUUUCGUAAAGGAAAAUCAUUUAUGCUUGAUUUUUUUCUUCGUUAUUUACGAGCACAGAAUCAUACAGAAUGGAUUGGAAAAAAUGAUGAACCUUUGAAAGGUUUCGAUUGGCGUGGUGGUGCCACUCGACAUACAACAGGAAUGAAUAUGUGGAGUGAACCAUUUCUUGUAUCAUUACCAAAUGGAGAAGAAAUUGCAAUCUUUCUUAUGGAUACUCAAGGAACAUUUGAUUCAAAUUCAACUGUAUUUGAAAAUGCAUUUAUAUUUGCAUUAACAUUACUUGUUAGUAGUAUAACUGUUUAUAAUAUUAUGCAUAAUUUACAAGAAGAUAAUUUACAACAUUUAUCAUUUUUUGCUGAAUAUGGUGUUUUAGCAAUUGAUGCUUAUCAAACAUCACCAUUUCAACAAUUAACAUUUCUUGUACGUGAUUGGCAAUUUGAAUAUGAAACAGCGUAUGGUUUCGAUGGUGGUGAAGAUGUUUUAACAGACCGUUUAAAAAUUCGAGAAAAUCAACAUCGUGAUCUUGAAUUAGUUCGUACACGAUUACGUCAAUGUUUUCGUAAAGUUAAUUGUUUUCUUAUGCCACAUCCUGGUCUUAAAGUAACAAAUCGACGCGAAUUUGAUGGACGAUUAACAGAUAUUGAAGAAGAUUUUAAAAAACAAUUAUUAACACUUGUACCAGAAGUUUUUCGUUUAGACAAUGAAAAUUUUCUUAAAGAAAUUAAUGGUGAAAAAAUUACAUCAACAGAUUUAUUUGAAUAUUUUCGAACUUACUGUGCUGUAUUCGCAUCGGGAGUUUUGCCAACACCGAAAGCUAUGCUUGAAGCAACAGCUGAAGCUAAUAAUUUAGCUGCUAAAUCAACAUCAAAAGAAUUUUAUAUUCGCGCAAUGGAACAGCAUUGUGGUGGUGAUCGACCAUAUAUUCAUCCAAAUCAAUUAGAUGUUCUUCAUCAAGAAGUUCGUCGACAAGCUAUUGAAAAAUUUCGUUGUGCACGUAAAAUGGGUGGUGAAGAAAUGUCAUUAAAUUAUCAACAAGAUUUAGAAAAUGAAAUUCUUGAACUUUAUACUAAUUAUAAAAAACAUAAUGAUUCAAAAAAUGUUUUUGCAUUUAGUCGUACACCAACAACAUUUAUAUCAUCAAUGAUUAUAUGUUAUUUAAUAGCUGGUAUACUUGAUACAAUUUGGCUUGGUGGAAUUAAUUUUAUAUUUAUGUUUGCGUUUUGGGUUUGUUUUGUUCUAUUAUUUGUAUGGUUAUAUACAAAAUAUUCAGGUGAAUAUGCUGAAAUAGGAGAAUAUAUUGAUUAUUUUGCUGAUAUUAUUUGGAAUAAUGCAUUUCAACCAGCUUAUUCAAAAUGUU